AUGAUUUCGAGACCUAACUGGAACGAUCCUUCUUCUAUCUAUGAGUGGAUUAAACAAUUAUUCACAUUGAACCGUGGCCGAAACCGACUCGUUAAGACUUAUGGCGCAGACUUUGAACUUCUUAAGAGAGAUGACACUAUUGAAGUCCUAUGGAAUGACUUUACAACUUUGAGUGGAAUCGCAACCCGAUUUAAAAAUCGUGAUAGAAAUGACAAAGGCCUUCAUCCAAUUCCUGUCUUAGCGGGUGGACCUGGAGUUGGAAAGAGCAGAUUUCUAGACGAAGUUGAAGAAUUAAUCAAGAAAAAAGCUGAGGAAUCUCACAAUAAUGCUUUCACAAACAUGAUUGUCAUCAAUACAACCUACGGGAAUUCAACCGUCGCUGACGAUAUUGAUGAAAAGAUUCAAGCACAGGCAUCUCUCGCAAUACGUAUUCUAUUUGAGUACUUUCGACCAAAACACCAAGAUUAUCCCCAGAGUUAUAAUUUUGUCAGCUUCCGCUCAUACUUUAGACAACAUCACAAUAAUUCUUCAGACGUUUCAGAUUUUACCCUGGACACUGCUCUUCAAAUUAUCUACAAAGACUUUGUGCAAAUUAAUCCAACAACACCUAAUCCUCUACUGGUCCUGGUCCUUGGCAUCGACGAGUUCAAUAAAUUGCAUAUUCAAAACAAAGAUGUCUGUGGGAAGCUUAUACACGCCAUUGGAGGGACAAUGUGUGGACCGCCUUCAAACAUAUUUUUCAUCCCUAUUCUAUCUGGAACGAUUGAAGGACCCUUAAAUGAUUAUAUUUCAGGUUCUAUGCAUCAACCACUUCUCCUUCCAUUAUACCUCCUUGAAGAUGACGACGCGAUCGCGAUUGGCAAAGCCAUGAAACUAUUUGAUGAUCAAUAUGUCAAGUGCCAUCCUUAUUUUCGAAUGAGUAUUGGCGACAUUGGAGGGCAUGCGAAAACUUUAGAGUUUUUUUACCAAAUUUUCAAGGAACAGUCGAACCAAAAAGAUGGACAUAUUAAUAAAAUUAAGAUGGUGAAUGUCAUGGGUGAUGUCAAAUCCGCUGUUAAAAGAAAGUAUCAUCUAGAUUCACGCUCAGAGUGGAUGACAGAACUUCUUGCAAAAGCCAUAUUGGGCUUGCCAGUUAAUAAAAAAGAUACAAUCAAGGUCGGUGAUGAAUUUAAGAGCUAUCAGGAUCUUAGUUCAAUGGGGAUUUUGAAUCUGGUUCCGAUAAAAAAAGGAAAAUGCUACAAUGUUAGAUUACCUUACAUUUGGGUAUUUAUACUUGUUCAAUCUUCUGAACACUCUGGAAUGGAUUAUUGGAAGUCCAUGAUUGACUACGAUGAACCAAUGCAUUGGCAGAACUUUGAAAUGUUCAAUGCCAAAUUCUGGGCUUUACGUCUCAGUCUCUUCCGUCUGUUAGGAUAUAAGAAAAUCAAUUUGGGAGAACUUCUUAAGGGUGCAAAAUUUUCUCGCGGAUUUCCAAAUGUUGAAGUUUCCCUUCCUAAAGACCUCAAAAUUUGUAAAUUACUACAUCAGUAUCCAGAUAACGAAUUGGACACGGAAGAUAACAAAAUGGAUGACGACAACACGAAAGAUGACGAAAUGGAUAAUGACGAAGAUGACGAAAUGGAUGACGACGAUGACGAAAUGGAUGACGACGACAUGGAAAGAGUGAAUGACAAUUAUACAAAAAUGGAUUGUCCUUAUUUGGAUAUCAGCAAAAAUAUAAGCUAUACCUUCCUCAAUGCCGAUGGGGCAGUUUGGGAUGUUUUCGUGUUUCUUAGAAUAACGAAAGAUAAGUUCUUAUGUAUUGCCCAACAAGUGAAAAUAACAAGUGUUGAUGCGAAUAAACCAAUGACCAUUAACCAGGCUUUAUUCAAUAAUGAGUAUACAAAGGUUACCAAAGCCAUGAAAUGUGUUCCAGCGGAAGAAUGGGUUCUAUUAUUUCUAACGAAUGCGGAUACGCGAAAUCUGUCUAUAAAGAUGAAUAAAAACAGUGCGCUAGUGUCUAAGAAUGAAUUUCUAGAGUUCUAUGGUUAUACAUAUGCUAGUAGAGCGCAAUUUGCGUCCGCAAACGAAAAAAUAUAUAUCAAUUCGACAGACGAAGAUUCGCUUAGAAUCUUAGGCUUCAGUAAGAAAGAGAGGCGUAGGAUAUGUGAGAAACGCCAAGAAACAUAUCUUACCAAUUAUGAUGAUAUUAAGACUAGGAUUCGCAUUAGUGAUAAGAAAUUUCGAAAGUUGAAGCGUGAUGGUAGGAUUAUUUUUUAA